CUGGGCUGGGCUCCCCCUGGUUCUACUGGUGGGGGCGCUGGGCCGGAUCCCCAGAAGCGAAGGGGGGAAGGAGACCCCUGCCCAUUUCCUGCACCAGCAUAAGGUCGAGUGCCUCUUCCUCAAUGGGACGCAGCGGGUGCGAUACCUGAAUCGGUACUUCUAUGACGGGCAGGAGUUUGCCCAGUUUGACAGCGACCUCGGGGGAUAUGUGGCCAUCACGGCAUUUGGGAAGGUGGAUGUGGACUAUUGGAACAGCGAUGAGCAGCGCCUGCAGUACCAGAAGGCCAGAGUGGAUUCCUUAUGCCGAUACAACUACAAGAUCGGCAGCUACAAGGCAGCCAAGAGGGAGGAGCAAGUGUUUGGCCGGAGAGGUGAGUCCUGGGGGGGGAGGGUCUCUUCUUCCCUGGGAGGGGGAGGCUGGGACCCCUUUCCUUUCCUGGCUUCCCCUGGGGAUUCUCCUCCUUGGUGA